AUGUAUGCGGUGUUGCAGGUCUUCGUGGACAAGGGCACCCCCGACGGUCACAAGAUCACCAUGCACGGCAAGGCCGAUGAAGCUCCCGGCGCUGAGCCCGGGGACGUUGUCGUGGUGGUCAGGCAGCAGGAACACAGCCAGUUCCUGAGAAAAGAGGCCGACCUCUACAUGCAGGUUGAGCUGAGCCUGGCACAGGCCCUGACUGGCUUCAGGAUCGUUGUGAGCCACCUCGAUGGGCGGAAGCUUUUGGUGCGCAACAAGACGGGAGAGGACUGCUGGUGCAACGACGCGUGCCAGGCUCAUGGCGACUGCUGCUCUGACUUUGCGGUUGAAUGCGGGGGCGAGAAGCCCGCAGAAUGCGAGAAGUGUGGAAGCUACACCUGCGACGAGUGGAUCGAGUGGGGUGCUGGCAAGUACACCUGCGAAUCUCUCGGCCGCGACUGGGGAUGCAAGUGCGCAGGAUGCAAGUGCGGUGGUGGCAGUGCGCAGACGACGUUGUCACUGCUCUCUGAAGACAAGUACCCAGAGGCUCGGUGUCUGGACGGCAGCAUGGCCGGCUACUACAUACGCCCAGGCCAGGAGAAGGACAAAUUCCUGCUCCACCUCGAGGGUGGCGGCUGGUGUUAUGACCAGAACUGCAAAGCCCCCAGCGCCGAUGGCACUCUCAUGGACUGCCGGAAGCGCUCUGGCGGACAUCUCGGCUCCAGCAAACGCUGGGCACAAACCAAAUCGGCGGACUUUCUUUCGGGAUAUCUGAGCGCAGACCCAAAGGUGAACCCGGUCUUCAGCACCUGGACUCUCGUGUACGUUCCCUACUGUGAUGGGGCGAGCUUCACUGGCAACUCGGUGGUUGACGACCUGCACUUCAAGGGCGAACAGAUCUUGAAGGCUGUUCUGACUGAGCUUGAAUCCAAGGAAGGUAUCCUUGAAGCGUCCCGCGUCGUAGUGAGUGGAGGCAGUGCAGGUGCCAGUGCUGUCUACUUCCACGCGGACUACAUUGCCAAGCGUCUCAAGGAAGGUGGCAAGCAGAUGGAAGUCCUGGCCCUACCCGACGCGGGAUUUUUCCUCGACGUGCCGGACCACCAAGGAGUCCGUUGCUGGCCGAACCAGAUGAUCAGCCUUUUCAACGUUUCGGGCGGCUACAGCAGCCUGCAUGCUGGCUGCCUCGAAAAGUAUACGUCUGAGCCGUGGCGGUGCCUCUUCCCUGAGUACUUUGUGGAUCUCAUACAGACUCGGCUUUUCAUCGUCAACAGCCUCUAUGACUCGUCCGAAAUCACCUAUUCUCUGGGGCUGGACUGCUGCCCGGGGAGCUGCCCCUACUGGAAGCGCCCCUGCACGCCGGCGGAGAUGCAGCAGUACGACAGCUUGCGCUCGGGUCACCUUACGGGAUGGAAGGCCAGGUCGCGGAGGGUUAAGGGGGGGGGGGGGGGGGGGGGCAUCUACAUCCAGGCCUUAUCAAAAGUUCGGUAUUUCGGGAGAAGCGCGCUAUCAAUGCAGCUCACGGCUGCAUGUGCUGCAGGAUCAAGGACAGACAGUUUGAGGCCCUGCAAGGAGGAUUUGAAUCCUUCGGUCCGGCACACGCUCAAUCCCCGAACUCUGAAAGGUCUCAUACCCCUUUGCUUCCCCAUGCCCAAGUGA